UACACGACGUUGAAUGCAUGUACGUCCGCGCUAAGAAAACUCGUUGAAAAUGCAUUCAUCAAAAUGGUAGAAUCGUUGCAAAUGUUCUUAUUCUUGUUCAAAUCAAAAUACAGACGAAAAUUCUCGUGGUUCUCACCGUUCUUGUGUUCAGUUCUCAUAGUGUUAUUGUUUUGUCAUGGUGUUCUUUCUAUAUGUAGCGAUCAUAAUUGUUUGAAUGGUGUGUGUAAAAAUGAUACUUGCAUUUGUUACGAUGGCUGGCAGGGACCAGAGUGCCAGUAUUGCGGCGGGAAAAUCAAGUUGACAUCCCCAACUGGUAUAAUAACGGAUGGACCCGGAAAUUAUAGCGUGAGCACUCAGUGCUCAUGGCUGGUAGCCCCGCCGUGGCUCGGGCCAAACCCGCCGGCCAUUCGCAUCCGACUAGAGACAUUUGCCACUGAAUGUGGGUGGGAUCACCUGUACGUGUAUGACGGCGACAGUGUCAGGGCAGAGAGGCUACUCGCCGUAUAUAGUGGCGUGCUGGAUAGUGGUGAAUCAGACUGGACCCGGCAGGUCAUCGCGCAUUCCGGCAGCGUACUACUUCAUUUUUUCUCAGAUGACGCGUAUGUAAUGGAGGGGUUUAAUGUCACGUACGCGGCAUACUCGUGUCCCUCUGAUGAUCACCAUACUAAUUGUUCAAAUCAUGGUGAAUGUGACGAUGGUACAUGUAGAUGCGAGCCUGAUUGGAUAGGCGUGGCCUGCGAUCAGCCUCUAUGUCCAGAUGACUGCAAUGCAGCAUAUGGGGCGGGUAGGUGCACAGACAAAGGUUGCGUGUGUACGUCUCAACGAGCCGGUGAGGACUGUUCGCGCGAGUCAUCGGUUGCUGGCUGGCGUUGGGCGUGGCGGGAAGCAGGGGCGGGGCGUGUGGAUGAAUCGCCUCCGCCCGCAGCACCCCCCGCCACCGCUGCGCAUGCGCUGGUCGCUUAUGGAGACGACCUACUGCGUGUUGGCGGAGAGACUUUCUCUGACGCCGCCUUUUUGUAUAGGUACAAAGUAUUGGAGCGUACCUGGGAGGUAAUAGAGACGGUGGGUGAUAGUCCGGCACCGCGGUUCGCACACACGGCAGUGGUGCAUGGCCACCAGUUACUCGUUUAUGGCGGACUCGUUGCCGCAUCUGAUCCGGAACGGGGGGGCGGUCUGGCGGGCCUGGAGGGACGCGCGGGAGACGCGACCAACGAACUUUGGCGGCUGCGGCUCGACGCGCCGCGCCCGCGCUGGGAGAACGCCACGCCCGCCGCCUGCACCCCGCACCGCGCGCCGCCGCUCGACCACUGCGGUGGUCUCCACGUGUCGGGCCACUCCGCGGUGCUAGUGCAUCUGGGUGUUACCCGAAAGCCUGUGAUGCUUGUGUUCUUCGGCCAUUCGCCCCAUUAUGGCUAUCUACAUACUGUACAGGAGUACUACAUAGAAGAAGGUGUGUGGGCGGGCGCGAACACGCGCGGAUGGCCAGCACGCGCCGGCUUCGGGCACAGCGCCGCACUCGACGCGCUCUCCGGCCGUGUGUACGUGCAUGCCGGGCUAGUCUCCGAGUCGGAGGCUGCGCAGGCACCAUCAUCAGCUUUAUAUGAGUAUGAACCGGAGACGAGAGUGUUCAAACCAUUACCUUCAGCACCUACUCCCAGAUAUUUACACACUGCCACGUUUAUAUCACCAGGCGUAAUGUUAGUGUUCGGCGGUAACGCUCACAACGACAGUGCGUCCACGGCUGUAUCCACUGCGCCACCCGCCGCUAAGUGUUACUCGUCCGCAGCCCUGCUAUACGACGUCAGGUGCGGACAGUGGGGCGCAGUGCGGUCGCCGGCGGGCUCAGCACGCGCUUCGCACGCAGCCGUCGCGUUGCCGCUGCAGCCACGUCGCUCUAUCCUACUGCACGGCGGGUUCGAUGGCCGGCUGCGUGCGGACGCACUAGUGUUCGAGGCUGGCGGCGCGUGCAGCUCGCUGGCCGACGAGUUGGCGUGUGUGGGAAGUGCGUUGCGCGCCGCAGUUGCCUGCGCCUGGCGACGCCGCGAAAGGAUAUGCGUGCCGUUGGAAGAGAUUGGUUGGACAGAGUCAUUUGACGGCUCUGUAAGAACAUGUGUAAAUGAACCAUUAGAAGUAGCGGACGAGCGGCGCUGUAGCAGCUCGGAGGCGGCGCAGUCGUGCUGGGCGUGCACGGCGGCCGGCUGCGCGUGGUGCGGCGCCUGCCUCGCCGCCCGCCAGCGGUGCGCGCGCCGCCCGCACCAGAUGGCGGUGUCGGUGGAGGAAUGUGGAGCGGCGGCAGGUGCGUGGGGCGGAGAACCGGCACGGGAAGCGUGCGCGAGGUUUCACUCGUGCGCCGCCUGCUACGCACACCACCAUCACCAUCCACACGGAAAAGAAGAAUUGAGUCAACGGUUGUGUUAUUGGGAUUAUGACAGUGUGAAAUGCAAGCCAGCCAACUCAUCCGAUGAUAUCAGGAGCGUGGCGGCCGCAGGUCCCUGUAGUGCGGCGUGUUCGUCGCUGAAAACGUGUGCCAACUGUACGGCUGAGGAAUGCAUCUGGUGUGCCUCCGCCGCGCGCUGCGUUGAUAAGAAUGCAUACGGCGCGUCGUUUCCUUUGGGCGGGUGUCGCGCGUGGUCGACUAGCGGCGGCGCGGCCACGUGCGGCGCGGGUACGGGCGCGGGCGGGGGUGCGGGCGGCGGCGCGGGAGGGUGCAGCGCGCACGUGUCGUGCGCCGCGUGCCGCGCGGAGCCCGCCUGCGGGUGGUGCGACGACGGCAGCGGCGGCGGACGCGGCACCUGCCUCCCCGGCGGGGGGCGGCGCCCGCACGCACCGCACGUCUGCGCACAGCACAGAUGGCACUUCACACGGUGCCCGGCGUGUCAGUGCAACGGCCACGCGGUGUGCGACGAGGCGGCGCGCUGCGUGCAGCCCUGCGGCGGACGCGCGCUCGGCGCCCGCUGCGACGCGUGCGCGCCCGGACACUGGGGCAGCCCGCUCAACGGCGGCGUCUGCCAGCCGUGCGAAUGCAAUGCGCAAGCAGUCGCGUGCGCACCGGACACCGGCCGCUGCUAUUGUAGCACGAAGGGACUCGCCGGGGACCGCUGCGACAAGUGCGACAACACCAACCAUUACCAUGCUGAUCUAUACAACAAGGGUGCCUGUUACUAUGACCUAGCAGUAGAUUACCAGUUCACAUUCAACUUAUCAAAGAAGGAGGAUCGCCAUCUGUCGGCGAUCAACUUCCGCAACGCGCCGGUAAAACCGGACGUGGAUGCGGACUUUAGUAUAACGUGCUCGGCACACGCGCGCAUGAACCUAACAGUGCGCACGCGUAGCGAGCCUUCAGAACGUACACUUUUCAGCGAUGUCAAUUGCACCAACUUCCGGUACAAGUUCGCGAAGUCGGAACAUUCGUUCGGCGUGGAAGACAAUAUCACACUCACAACGUUCUUUGUGUACGUGUACGACUUCCGGCCGCCGCUCUGGAUACAGAUAUCGUUCUCGCAGUAUCCAAAGCUGAAUCUGCAGCAGUUCUUCAUCACGUUCUCGUCGUGUUUCCUCCUACUGUUGCUGGUGGCGGCAGCCUUGUGGAAAAUCAAACAGAAAUAUGACCUAUAUAGAAGAAGGCAGCGGUUAUUUGUAGAGAUGGAACAAAUGGCAUCGCGACCGUUCAGCCAAGUUUCCGUUGAAAUGGAGAGGGGUUGGAUGGGUGGCGGGUGCGGGGUGCCCGCGCCGGUGGCGCUGGAGCCGUGCCGCGGGGGCCGCGCGGCGGUGCUGUCGCUGCUGGUGCGGCUGCCCACGGGCGGCACGGGCCGCGCGCCGCCGCUGGGCGGGCUGGCGGUGGCCUCCGCGCUCGUCACGCUCGGCCACCACCACGCGCCCACCGCGCCCGCCAAGCGGCCCCGCCACCACUGACGGCCGCCGCCGGUGACGCGACCGGUA